UUUCCCUACUUUCGACUUUAAAAGCAAAACGGCGAGUGUCGUCUGCUUUAUUCCAUUUGACGAGAGUCAUUCUCGCCAAAGGUUGGAUUAAGCCAUUCGAUUUUGGACUGGUCUCAAGAACUGGCCUCUCUUCUUUCUAAAUGAUCAGACGGAAGUCUUAAGAUAUUUUUGUCUCUUUUGCAACACAAUACGCCAACACACAAACAUAUGUGUAAACAAACAGAAGGAGAAUCAAAGAGAAGACUUUAAGACUCGGUCUUUCAUUUUAUUUUUUCUUAUGCUUUGAAAAAUUUCUAUUCCACUUUCAUAAUGGAUUCUAAACUGUUGCUGUGUUUGGCUUUAUCAGUCCUGCUUUAUAACAUUGGACAAGUCUCAGCCUCUUGUGCACCCUGUAAAAACAGUUGGUUUAAGCCGAAUUCAAAAUAUAUAUAUGAGUACACUACUGAGGCAUCUGCAAAUUUUAUUGGAAUAGAAGCAGUUCCGGCAGGAGGACAGUUAACCUGUAAUGUCCUUGUCUUUACACCAUGUAAAUGCCAUGAAAAUAUUAAGGUUGCUUUGACAGGAUGUUCAAUGACUUUGGUUGACAGCAAUGGAAGAGACAGGGAAACCAAAACAUCAUAUAAAGAUCUACUGAAAAAGUACCAUGUUGAGUUCAACUUGGAAGAAGGUCUUGUGAAGAAUGGAGAGAUUUACAGUCACAAAGAUGAGAAAACCAUAGCUCUGAAUAUUAAACGAGGUGUUGUAAGGAUGCUACAACUAAAAGUGGGAAAACCAGAACAUUACAAUAGCACUUUUAACCAGUGGGACAUUUAUGGAUCUUGUCCAGUGAACUAUGAAUUUUCAACUAAAAAGAAAUGGACCAUUCACACCGACCUUGAUAUUACCAACUGUGAUCUUCACAGCUACUUUAAAUACCAGUUCACUCUCAGGAGUCAUAUAAAGACUUUAGCAGGAGGUUUUCAUGUCACAAACUUAACUGAGUUACAAUACCCAUUCCAGUCAAAGUUUUCUUGUGAUUAUAAACUAAAUACCAAUGAUCAUAUUGAAUCUGUCUCUUGCCUUCAAAGGCAAGAUUUUGAGGUCCUCAAACACUAUGGUAAUGUUGAAGCAACAGCUAUGUUCAAUGUAAGCCAAUCUUUAGUAUUGAAGAAAGUAGCGAAAGGAAAAUCAAAUUUGAAAUUACCAACAGAUUCAGUUCGGAAAACAGCCCUGCCUUUUGAAUUUGAAGCUGACAAAAUAGAAAACCCUUCAAGUGUUUCGGAAAUAGUUGAAGAGUUGGAUAAAACUGUUGAUGCUUAUGAGAAUGAUGAACUGAAUACGAUGUCAGGGCAUUUUUUUAAUUUAAUUAAAAUGACCAGAAGCACAGAUGAAAAAACUCUUGAAAGAGUGUUUUCUAAGUUCAGUAAUUGCCCUCGCAGUGAUGACCAAUGUCGAUUAGGAAUUGCUGCUUUGAAGGAGAUAAUAUAUAUUGAUGUCCUAAGUAACUGCGGAGAGAAGAAAUGUAUUAAAGCUGUUGUGAAAAACUUGGCCAAACUUACUGAAUGGAAAAAGAAUAACUUCUUACUCAAUCUGAACCUCUAUUCCGAUGUUGAUGAAGAGAUGCUCAAUGAUUUACUGAACUUUUGUAAAAAAGAAAAGUUGAACAGUUGUACAACAUUAACAAAUCUUGUUGUUACCUAUGCCAAGACAGCAAAUCCUCAUCAAAUAAAACAGCCCAACAAUCCUGUGUAUGAGACCCUUGACUUCUAUCACCAGACACUCAACCAAUAUGGCCAUAGUGACAAGGAUGAAAUUAAUACCAUUUGGAUUUUAAAGGGUUUGGAAAACCUUGGACCUCUGGUUCCAAACGUUUACAGAAAGAUAAUUCCAGAUAUUAUAAAAUGUGCAGAGAGUACCCACCAUAGUUUAGCAAUGCGCAAAUCAGCAAUUCGGGCUCUGAAAGAAAUGGAUUGUGAUCCAGCCAUUGAAGCAGCAAUGAAAAAUUUACUGAAAGACAACUAUGAUUCCGUUAGUAUUCGAACAGAAGCUUUCCUCGUUUUGGAUAAAUGUGAAAAGAAAGAGAUAACCAAAUUCUUGGUGGGAUGGAUCCAAAAAGAGAGGAUACAGGAAAUGAAAGUUUUCAUGCAAACCUACAUUAAAGGUAUCCUGCAGUCUGAAGAUAAGAAAUUAGAGAAGCGUCAACAGAUUUGGAAAGAGGAAAUGAAAGAUGGUAAUUUUAAUUUCCAAGACUAUCUAAGUAUGGAAGGUUCAAAAUAUAUUUCCUAUUCAAAGACGUUUACCUUACCCAUGCUGCAGUAUCCAUUUGGUGGACAGCUUGAAGCACGUGUUGUUUAUGACCCUGAGAGUCUGAUGCCCAGAAAUCUGAUAAUAAGUACAAAAGGACACUACGGACAGAACAACUUAGAAAUAAUUGAAAUUAAUUUUGAGCUCGAAGGAAUGGAGAAAUUUCUCCAGAAUAUCUACAUGACCAAAGGAAUGUCCAUUUGGAAGAGACUGUGGAUGUUUUGGAGCAAAGUAACAGAAACUAGCAAGGAUCAGAAGCAGACCAAAGAUUUCAAGUUUUCAUUACCAGAUGAUGAUAUCGUUAAUGAGCUAAUUAAGCUGUUGGAUGUUGCUAACUUCCCUGAAGAAUUCAUUCCUAAAGGAUAUGUACAUGUCAAGAUGUAUGGUUACAACAUUUUCAUGUGGGAUGUGAUUACAUUUCUCAAGAACUUACCAAACUUAAAGAAAUCCUUCACAGAGGAAAUGAAAACAGAACAGCUACUCUUAGGUCAGUUCACUGAACUGUAUAGGGCUCUACCAACAGCAUUUGGAGUUCCCUAUAACAUGACCCUUUUAAUCUCCAAUAUCUACCAUACAAGUAACAAAAUUACCAAGCCUCAUAGCAGAUCACUAAAAUUCAGGAUGGCUGUAAACUUCCAUGCAAGACUUGCUUUGGAUCUUCCUGAUGAAAUCCCAGAAGGCCUCGAGAUGCAGACUGAGAUGCAGGUUUAUCUUGGUGUCAGUGGACAGAAUAAAGUUGCAUACAAUGAAAAAGCAGGAGCUGCUGAACACAUCAAAUGGACCAUUGAAGUGGAUCGAACUGACAAGGAUGUUGUCUUACUGAAUAUCAAGCACCGUUUAUAUCUUGUAAGAGGGGAUCUAGUCCAUGUGUCAGCCGAUAAAUCUUCAAAGGUCAAGAAACAACAACUCAGUUGGUGCUUUACUCCACUGGCCAGUAUUCUGUUUCGUGUGAAGGCUUGCUUCCAGUUGUCUAAGCCAAAUGUGCUGACUUCUCACGACCAUGCCUAUACACCUCUGAAUGGAGAUAUCGAUGUAUCUCUCACAUUGAAACCAAUGGACAAAAAAAUUGAGAAAGUUCAGGUGGAGAUUGAGAAAGAAGUUACAAGUUCAUCUAAACCAGAAAGUAUUCUAAGCAUUAAGUCUGCUGUAUUAUCAGACUCAUCAACCUACGAUAAAGUCUCAAUUUAUGUGAAACAAAGCCUAGACGGGGACAAGCUUUCAGUGACCACCAGGUUUCCAGACAUGCAGGAUAUAUCCUUCAACUUAGAACUUAACAAACAUAGAACAAAGCAAAUUCAUAAAGUAAACUUCGACAUGACACUCACUGUUCUCCGAAUAAAAGAAAUAUUAGGAAUUCACUUCAAAGGAAUAAAUUCUAACAAUAAAAUGUUUGCCAAUCUUAGGCUCAGUUUAAUGGAAGUCAUUUCUGAAACCACCUUUGAACUUUCUGAAGUUAGCACAAAAACUGUUUGGCUUUUUAACACAAAAUACCAUUGCCCUCCCGGUUAUCCCAUUUUGUAUCAGUUCCACAUUGACCCAGUAAAAGCUGGCAAGGACAAUGAUGUUACCCAUGUGAAGUUCCUUAUGGAGAGAACUAGAAACAAAAAUAACAAUAAAUGGAUAGCUGUCAGAAAAUUAAAGUUUCAUUAUCCUGGUCAUGAUUAUACAUAUCUGAGUCACAUGAAUGAAGCAAACAAUAAAGGAAAGCUGACCGGUAAUAUUACCUGGGAUCAUGAUUGGGGCCAGGAAUAUCUGGAAAUGACUGGUGAUAUGGUCGUCACAACCCCAUCUCCAGACACAAAAGCGGAACUGUAUAAAUUGGUUUACAGACAUAGAAAGGAUGACACUACAUUGGCAGUGAAAUUCAAGAAAGUGACCAGCCCUCUAAAAUUUUUGGCAAAUUAUGAAGUUGAUUACAACAAACGUUCAAGUAGAAAAAAACGUUCAACUAAGAAACUUCUGAAAAAGCUUUCUGAUCUUGCCAAGAGGAUAAGCGCUGGAGAUUUUCAGGAAACACCCAAACCAGAAGUUAGAACCAGACCACCACCACCUACGCAGCCAAGUCCUUCUCCAACCUUUUCACCAGGACCCCACCAUGAUAUCUUUUAUAAGGCUUAUGACUUUUUGAAAAAUGGACCCGAAAAUUGGAUAACUCGUGUAUCAAUCCAACUUGAGACCAUCCCACAGGUGAACCCAAGAUCUAAAACAAUAUACAGCACUGAACACAAAGUUAUGGUUGAUAUCAAUUACCCCCAGUGGCAUGGUCAGGAGAAGAUCAAGGCCGAUGCAGCGUUUGGUGUUGCCCAAAUACUGGAUGGAGAAAAGAAGUGGGCUGAGAUCUCCUUCAAGGGCAACCGUUUACCUAAGAACACUGAGAUGACGUUCCACUUGAUAGAAAAAACAAACUAUUUUAAUUACAGCCAUGAAUUGAAAUCUACAAACGUUGCCAAUAAAUUUUCUUUUGAGAAAGUUGAUGAUAGUGAGUUUAACUUGGUCCACAAAUUGGAAGUACCAUUUCUACAACAAAAUUUUGAUAUUCAGUUCAAAAUGUCACACGAAGACCAUAAAAAGCACCUGAAAGUUUUGUCAAAAAUUGCCUCAAAUCAAUGGGAAAUGCUUGUACAUGAAUAUUACUCUGAUCAAACCUGGAGCGGCUAUUUUAUGCUGACACCAGAAUAUGGACUGAACAGAACUUCAAGUUUUAUACAUCAAUAUGUCAAUUAUACUUCAAAGUGGGAUUUAAUAUGUAAUAGAGAAAAAGUUUACAUGUACCUACAGGCACAUAUUGAAGGAAAGCAUCCGGCCAUUAUAGCCAUGGAUGGUCUGGUUGUAAUUGAAGAGGUCAAAAAUAAUGACCUGCCAAAAGUGUCAGUAAAACUUUUCUUGCCAGAUGUUAUGGUUCGGUUGGCAGGACGUGUAACGGAUGAGAAGAAUCUGAUUCUACACGUAAAGAAAGAGGGAUCUGGUCAAAAUCUUGCUGAGUGGACAAUGAGCCUCAGUAAACCAUCUGAAAUUAGCCAAGAUAUUGUUAUACAGCCGAAUGCUAUUGGACCUCUAAGAAAAUGGAUGCAAGAGAAACAAGCAUUGUUUUCUAGUGUACUUAAUCCUUUUGUUGCAGCUAUUGAUUCUAACCCUGAGAAACCUUACUCUGAAAUCACCAUACCAUAUUAUGGCCAAACCAUUGGGGAACUUUUAAAUAAUGUCUUCUAUUCAUCUGUUCGAACUGUUAUGCCGAUUUUUGACAUCGUACCUUUAUCCUCGCGUCCAAUGUCUGAAGUAUUUUAUGAAAGAAUUUUAAAGAUGAGCCAAAACUUCAAGAAUAAAUACAAAAAUUCCAUUUUUGACAGAGAAAAAGUAAAAACCUUGAAAUAUGGUAUUGGUGCUGUUGCCAAGGCCAUGGGUAAUUAUAUCCAAGAAAGAGUAACAAAUUAUCCCAGGCUGUUUAAUCUGUAUAUGGAGAGAGCUGUCAAAGCAAGACUGGUGCCAAUGUUGGCACAGGGGAAAAUACAUUUUACUUUAUUCCAUCCAUUCAUUUGGGAAUCUUUUAAAACAUCACCAAAGUUGACAACUCCACUCUACUUAUUUAUGCAUAAACUACAGACCCGUGAUUUCUUCCCUUUCUUGCGCCGUUAUACAACUCAUGUUGCAGUUUUAUCUGAGGACAAAGUGGUAACAUUUGAUGGAUUUCUAUAUAAUUUACCUUCAGAUUUUGGAAGCAAUAAAUGUACUCACCUGUUGGCUGCUGAUGUAGCCCAUAAAACAUUUGCUAUCCUCAAGGAAAAUGAUGGGGUCACAUUAUCAUGUACAAAAACUAGUUUAAAGAUAUUUAACAACUGCAGUAUCUCUGUCGAUGGAGACAGCUCAUUCAUAGAACUUCCAUAUCAAUGUCCAAUGAAAAUGACCUCAGCCAAAAUAUGGGGCCCUUAUGUUGUUGUUACAUCAAUAUAUGGAGUUGAAAUAAUGUGUAGCUCAAAUGAAAUGAAAAUUAUAUUUGAUGGAAUUCACCAUAAUCAUACACUCGGACUUUUGGGUAAUGCUGAUGGAGACUUUGGAACUGAUAUGAAACUGACUGAUGGUACACUGGCAUCAAAUACUGCUCAGUUCAUUAACCAUUAUGAACUGAGCAAGAGACAAAAAUGUGAAAUUUCCAAGAAGGACGUUGCUCAAACGUAUCCAAAGCACUGUCCUGCAGAAACAAAACAGAAAUGUCUGGAAAUGUUUGCUCUUUACCUUUCACCAUUAAAUAAUUGCUUUGAUGAGAAUAAUCCUAUGAAUUAUUUGGAUCAUUGCAUCGAAAGCUGUGCUGAUUCGGACAAGAAAUCUGGUCUCUGUUCCUUAGUAUCAACCUAUGUCAGCCAAUGUCAACCAAAGAAAGAUAUUGAUUUACCAAAAACUUGCAUUAAAUGCACACAAUCCCAUGAUCAAAUAAUCUGGAAAGAAAAGACCCGAAAAAUCAAGCGUGAUGUGGUUCUUAUCCUUGAUGAACACAAACUUAUUGCUAAAGAGCCAGCACACAAUUAUGUCUACAGUUUGUUUGAGCAAGUUCAGGUUAAAGACGCUAGGCUGGGCCUUGUGGCUUAUGGUGGAACUUAUGGUGGUUCAACUGAACACGCUAAUGUCUACACAAUUCAUGGACAAUAUUUUGGAGAUGAAGACAACAUCCACUUGGCCUUGAAGAACUUAAAGAAAUCAAGUCAAGGCAAACGUGGAGGAGAUCCUGACGACCAUGAUGAACAUGGUCACCAGAGCCAUGGACAUCAUGAUAAUCACUUUCAUAAAGGACACAAAAGUCCACUGUACACUCCUCACAACUCUCAUCAUUUUGGUCACCAGCUUAGCCCACUUCAUGAAGCCCUAUUAUGGGCAGCUGACUACCCAUUCAAGAAAGAUUCUGGACGUAUGAUUAUGAUAUUUGCUGAUAUUACGACGUUGCAGAAUACAACUGAUCUGUCUCACAUAGUGUCCAUGUUAGCGAAAAGAGACAUUGUAGUUAACAUCUUCACUGACACAUCAAAAAUAAUGAACAAAAAAUAUUAUGGACUGACCCACCAAGGAAAAGUUUUCCACAAAGCAAAGAAAAAUAUUGAAAUCAAAAUACCUACUGAUGACUUUUUCAAACUGAUCUUCCAUACCCAUGGCAAUUUAUAUAAUGCCAAGCUGAUCCUUUCACAGAACAGUGGUUAUAUACGUGUAAUAAAUGAUCAACUGGAGUCACAGAUGUCAGAGAAACGAUGUAGAAAUUGCAAAUGUAUUUACAGCAAAGAGAAACGGAAGAGUGUGGUGCAUUGUGUUGCAGAUGAUUUGAGCAGUAAAUGCUGAGAGGAAGUUUUAGAAAAAAAAGGCAUUUUCAAGAAAGUUCCAAGGACGUUUUGAAAAGAAAAAAAAAACAAACAAACUGGGAAGAACUUUAAGCAUUUUUAAGAAACAUUACAGAAGAAAAAAACAUGAAGAAAACUUUACAUACAAAAAUAAUCAUUAGUCCAUUCAUCAAUAUGGUGUGAUUAGUAGAGAAUUUCAAUGUUUUUCUUGUCUUUCCUUUUCUGGGGGUUGGUGGGGUGGAACUUAAUAAACAAUAAAAGAUUUUAACCAA